CGACGAACUAGGCUGGUUCUAGAGCAUCAUUUGCUCCCCCAUGCACUCUUUCCUCCUCUUCUUCGUCUUCCACCUACUAUUAUCUUUCUCAAUGUCUACCAAUCUCUUGAUUCUUGGCAAGGCGCCGACGCUCAGCGAGCUGCGCAACACGCUGGUGCGUCUCGAGGACACAAUCAUUUUCGCUCUGAUUGAGCGCUCACAGUUCAAACACAACAACGCUGUGUACAAGGCUGGCGCCAUGCAAUUCAAGGACGGAUACUCUGGAUCCUUCCUGACAUGGUUCCUGAAGGAAGUCGAGCAGGUGCACGCAAAGGUACGCCGGUACCAGAGUCCCGACGAAUAUCCGUUCACCAGCAACCUGCCGGACCCGAUCCUUCCGCCGCUCGACUACCCGCCAGUGCUCGUCGAUCCCGAGCAUAUCAACAUUAACGAUGAGAUCUUCGAUGUGUAUGUGAACACUGUGGUGCCCGGCAUUACAGCCGUUGGAGACGACAAGAACUACGGAAGCUCGGCCACCAGAGACAUCGAGUGCCUGCAGGCACUGUCGCGCCGGAUUCACUAUGGCAAGUUUGUGGCCGAAUCCAAGUUCCAGGACCCGAGCACCCAUGAGGAGUAUGUGAAACACAUCAAGGAGAAGAACCGCGACAAGUUGAUGGAGCUGCUGACGAACGAGAAGGUCGAGGAGCAGCUGCUCAAGCGCCUGAAGGUGAAAGCGCUGAUAUACGGCCAGGAUCUGUCGUCGGCUAUUGACAAUUCUACGCCCAAUGCCCCGGGCAACAGCUCAUGCACGUCGGUGUGCAACAUCUGCGACGAUCCCGACAGCCCAGAUCGCGCCAAGUCGCGUGUCGACUACGACCUGGUCGUCUCGCUGUACCGCGACUACGUGAUCCCGCUGACCAAGGAGGUCGAGGUCGAGUACCUGCUGCACCGGCUCGACUAGGAUACUUUAUUUUUCACUGCGAAAUAGACAAAACUCUACU